AUGCUGUCGGUCUGGAGUCACAAGCUUGCAUUACUUAAGGCUAUUCAGUUUUUUGAUUGGUUGUUACCCAUCUGUAAAAUGAUGGACACUAAUAUAGACAUAGGAUUGUCUAUCUACUACUCAGUUAACUUGACUCCAGAUCUAUUAAAGGGACCAGGUGUCCUAGAGCAUUCAGGCCUAGCUUUUCUACAGCACUCAGGACCACAAUGCCCUGUCUUCCAGUACUUGUGUUCUAUGCAGCAGAAAAGGCUGAUUGAACUAAGCGUGCGAGACGCCAACACCCUCCCCUGCAAGGCACGAACCUCGCAGAAGAAAUCUGCGCUCCUCGGGACCGGCUCCUGCGCUCGCCGUGCGGUCUGCGUGCGCUCCCCGCGCCCGGGGCGAAGCGGUCGAGGAGGAGCCAGAGCGGGGAGGCGGGAACGACCUGCCACGGGUGAGAUGAUGGAGCAGCGUCUUCGGAGGCCGCCCAAGACAGACGGAAGUCAUGGCUUACCCCUUACUCCUCUGCCUCCUUUUCGCUCCCCCGGGGAAGCUGUUGGCGCCAGCCCCGACCCCUCGGGACGGCCGGAUUCCCCUCGAGAGAGGACCCUGAGGGGGAAGCAGCACGCCCAGCAGCCGGCUCGAGCCUCUGCCCCGGACCCCUCGGCCGCCUGGAGCCGCUCCACCGACGGCACCAUCUUGGCGCAGAAACUCGCCGAGGAGGUGCCGGUGGACGUGGCCUCUUACCUCUACACCGGGGACGCCCACCAGCUGAAGCGAGCCAACUGCUCCAGCCGCUAUGAGUUGGCCGGCCUGCCGGGGAAGUCUCCAGCCUUCGCCAGCUCCCAUCCGUCCUUGCACGGGGCGCUGGACACGCUGACACACGCCACCAACUUCCUCAACAUGAUGCUGCAGAGCAAUAAGUCGCGGGAACAGAACUUGCAGGACGACCUGGAGUGGUACCAGGCGCUGGUGCGGAGCCUCCUGGAGGGCGAGCCCAGCAUCUCCCGGGCGGCCAUCACCUUCAGCACCGAGUCACUGUCCACGCCAGCCCCGCAGGUCUUCCUCCAGGCCACGCGCGAGGAGAGUCGCAUCCUGCUCCAGGACCUGUCCUCCUCCGCACACCACCUGGCCAACGCCACGCUGGAGACCGAGUGGUUCCACGGCCUCCGGCGCAGGUGGAGGCCCCAUUUACACCGCCGCGGCUCCCACCAGGGGCCCCGGGGCCUGGGCCAUAGCUGGCGACGCAGGGACGCGCUCGGCGGGGACAAGAGCCAUGUCAAGUGGUCUCCGCCUUAUCUGGAGUGCGAGAACGGGAGUUACAAGCCCGGGUGGCUGGUGACUCUUUCCGCUGCUUUCUACGGGUUACAGCCUAACCUGGUCCCGGAAUUCAGGGGUGUUAUGAAAGUUGACAUCAAUCUUCAGAAAGUAGACAUUGACCAAUGUUCGAGUGAUGGCUGGUUUUCAGGAACUCACAAAUGCCACCUUAACAAUUCAGAGCCAUUGGGUCCAGGAUUCAAAACGCAGUCUGCCAGAGAAGAAGAAGACAUUGACCAAUGUUCGAGUGAUGGCUGGUUUUCAGGAACUCACAAAUGCCACCUUAACAAUUCAGAGUGUAUGCCAAUUAAAGGCCUAGGGUUUGUACUUGGAGCCUAUCAGUGUAUUUGCAAAACAGGAUUCUACCAUCCUCGAAUCCCAUCAGUGAACAACUUUCUGAGAAGGGGUCCAGAUCACCAAUUUCCAGGAAGUACAAAAGACGUGUCAGAAGAAGCUCAUGUCUGCCUGCCUUGCAGGGAGGGCUGCCCCUACUGUGUGGAUGACAGCCCAUGCUUUGCCCAGGAGGAUACGUAUUUGCGACUUGCUAUCAUCUCCUUCCAAGCCCUGUGUAUGCUGCUUGACUUCAUUAGCAUGCUGGUGGUCUACCACUUUCGCAAAGCAAAGAGCAUCAGGGCAUCAGGACUCAUCUUGUUGGAAACAAUCCUUUGUGGGUCUCUGCUGCUGUACUUCCCAGUUGUUAUUUUGUAUUUUGAGCCGAGCACAUUUCGCUGUAUUCUCCUCAGAUGGGUCCGGCUUCUUGGUUUUGCUACUGUCUAUGGAACUGUCACUCUCAAGCUUCACAGGGUUUUGAAGGUGUUUCUGUCACGAACAGCCCAACGAAUUCCAUAUAUGACUGGUGGACGGGUCAUGAGGAUGCUGGCAGUAAUACUCUUGGUAGUGUUUUGGUUUCUCAUUGGCUGGACUUCAUCUGUGUGCCAGAAUUUGGAGAGGCAGAUUUCACUUAUUGGCCAGGGUCAAACAUCUGAUCACCUCAUCUUCAAUAUGUGCCUCAUUGACCGUUGGGAUUACAUGACAGCUGUUGCUGAAUUUGUAUUCCUCUUGUGGGGCGUUUAUCUCUGCUAUGCAGUACGGACAGUUCCAUCAGCAUUUCACGAGCCACGCUACAUGACUGUUGCAGUUCACAAUGAGCUCAUUAUCUCUGCUGUAUUCCAUACAAUUAGAUUUGUUCUUGCUUCAAGACUUCAAUCUGAUUGGAUGUUGAUGCUGUAUUUUGCACACACUCAUUUGACUGUGACAGUCACUAUUGGGUUGCUUUUGAUUCCAAAGUUUUCACAUUCAAGCAAUAACCCACGAGAUGAUAUUGCUACAGAAGCAUAUGAAGAUGAGCUAGACAUGGGCCGAUCUGGAUCCUACCUGAACAGCAGUAUCAAUUCAGCUUGGAGUGAGCACAGCUUGGAUCCAGAGGACAUUCGGGAUGAGCUGAAGAAACUCUAUGCCCAACUGGAAAUAUAUAAAAGGAAGAAGAUGAUCACAAAUAAUCCCCACCUCCAGAAAAAGCGGUGCUCAAAGAAGGGCUUGGGCCGUUCCAUUAUGAGGCGCAUCACUGAGAUUCCAGAGACCGUCAGCAGACAGUGCUCCAAAGAGGACAAGGAAGUUGCUGACCACGGUACAGCCAAAAGCACUGCCCUUGUCAGGAAGAACCCACCAGAGAGUUCAAGUAAUACUGGGAGACCCAAGGAGGAAUCCCUUAAAAAUCGGGUCUUCUCACUCAAGAAAUCCCAUAGUACUUAUGACCAUGUGAGAGAACAAACAGAAGAAUCCAAUAGCCUACCUACAGAGAGCCAAGAAGAGGAAGCCACAGAAAAUUCCACACUGGAAUCUCUGUCAGGCAAAAAACUAACACAAAAACUUAGAGAAGAUAGUGAGGCUGAGUCCACGGAGUCGGUGCCUUUGGUGUGUAAGUCAGCAAGCGCCCACAACCUCAGCUCAGAGAAGAAGCCUGGGCAUCCACGAACAUCUAUGUUACAAAAGUCACUGAGUGUCAUAGCAAGUGCCAAGGAGAAGACUCUUGGACUAGCUGGGAAAACCCAAACAUCAGGUGUGGAAGAUCGUGCUAAAUCCCAGAAACCUAUGCCAAAAGAUAAAGAGACAAACAGAAAAUACUCCAAUCCAGAUAACACAGAGACUAAAGAUUCUGCCCCGCAGAACUCCAAUCAUUUGGAGGAGCCAAGAAAGCCUCAGAAAACUGGGAUUAUGAAACAACAAAGGGCCAACCCCUCCACUGCCAAUUCUGACCUGACCCCAGGUACCACCCAGACAAAGGACAAUUUUGACAUCGGGGAAGUGUGUCCUUGGGAGAUUUAUGACCUGGCCCCGGGUCCUGUGCCUUCAGAAUCAAAAGUCCAAAAACACGUAUCUAUUGCGGCUUCUGAAAUAGAGAAGAAUCCAACUUUUUCCUUGAAGGAGAAAUCUCACCACAAGCCUAAGGCAGCUGAAGUAUGUCAGCAAUUCAAUCAGAAGAAUGUAGAUAAGGCUGAAGUAUGCCCUUGGGAGAGCCAAGGUCAGUCCCUUUUCGAAGAGGAAAAACAUCUGAUUUCCAAGACUCCAGUUCUCUCAGGGAGAGCCAAAGAUGAGAACGGAGACCAGCAGGCCACAACCAAUGUGUGUGCUGGGCAGUAUGAAGAACUGCCGCCCAGAGUUGUAGCCCCGAAAGUCGAGAACGGAAAUCGCAACCAAACAGGAGACCAGGAACAAAAGACAUCUUCCUCUGUGGAAAAUGCGCCCGGCUCCUAUAAGCCAAGUAAUAACUUCCGGCAACCUUUAACAUCACGAGCUGAGGUGUGUCCGUGGGAGUUUGAGACCGCAGAUCAACCAAAUACUGAAAGAAGUGUAGCAUUACCAGCUUCUUCUGCUUUAAGUGCAAAUAAGAUAACAGGACCUCGGAAAUAAGAGGUCUGGGAUCCAUCCAAAGUGUAGCGUUCCCGGAAGAAAAGGAAAAGGAAGAAAGCCUGAAUUUGAUAUAAGAUGGAAGAUAUGAAAAUCACAAAGUCCCAAAAAAGUAAUUUUUAAGGGAAGGAAAUAUGGCAGAUAGUGAAGUGAGUUUAGAAACAUGGGCUGAAGAAGACUGGGAGGUAGGUGCAACAACAUCAUGAUGGAAAAAUCAGACUUUGGCUAUGAAAAGUCAUUCCCCUGGUAACACUAGGAAAACCUUUCCAUUUCAGCAUGUUUAAGGGAAAUAACCCUCAGUGUCUGCCCUGAUCCCUGUUUACCCAUGGGACUUUGAAGAGUGUAAGCAAGGCAAACCAGGACACACAGAAGAUGUAUGCAAUUUUGCAAAGAAGAAAAAAUAUAGACCUACAUGAUGAAGUUUUAAGUAGCUGUCAGAAAAGAACUUCCAUUACCUAUUUAACCUUGAUAGCACUGCUAACUUAAUGCAUCCCCAAAAUACCUUUUAUAUUAAUGGUUGCUCUCAUUUCCUUAUUAUGUAUGUUUCAGUACAUUGUUGUGUCUCAUAUCCAAGCAUUCCAGAUUAUAUAAUUUUUGCAAAUAACUUUGAUAUUAUGUGACACAACACAUUUAUGCAAUCUACAGCUACUCAAUUGUUAUUGCAGCAUACAGAAUACCUACUAUCUACCAACUUCAGUUGAUUCUUGAAGUACCGUAAGCUUUCUCUGGCUUGAGAAGCCAUAACUGUUAUGAUAAAGAAAAAAUUUAGUUUUGGCUGUGAUUUAUAUAUUGUGAAUUUGGAUUUGACUCUAUUACUUCACAUUAUGGUUUUGUUAUACUGUCUUAAUCAGGGCUUUUGUUUUUCUUUUUUAAUACAAGUUGAGUUGUUUUGCACUUCUCGUUAGGACUCAGAAAGUUUGUUAAUAUUGAAGAGCAAGUGGUCCUACUUAGCUACAUGUCUCAAUAAGUUAAGGACAACUUACCCAUUGUUUGUUCAAAGUCAGAAACAGACGCCGUCAUUCUGAUCAGUUGUCCCUUUUACUCUUUCAGUAUUUCACACUUAGCAGCAUUUCCUUAGGGAAAAGCUAAGAGUCAGAAAAAAUAUACUGUGCAUUAUUAUUACCACUGGACAGGGAAGACUCUAGGAAUGACAUGAGAAGUAUAGCAGUACUACAGAACAGGAAAUUUGCCUUUCAAAAUAAAGAGGGAGAGGUAGUUCCUGAUAGCACUUUCAAGGGAUUAUUUUUUUAAAGAGAAAAAUUAUGAUAGCAUUGAGAUCAUUGAAUGGAUAUAUUUUUAUUAUACAUAUUGAAAAUAUAAUAUUUUAAAUGACCUUAAACUAUUUAUUCUCAUAAACUCUUAUUCAUUGCUUCAGCUAGAAUAGAACUUGCUGGGCUCAAAUCCCAAAGAGGUUUUAUAAUCUGAUUUAUUGAAAGCCUAUAAGGUGAUAUGGGCUCUUCAUUUUCCCAAGCACUGGAAAACUUACAAGUCCUGCAAAUUGCCAUUGUGAGCCACCUAGCUCGAAAUGUAAAGUGUAAGAUUUAUUUGCAACAUAAAACAUCCCCCAAAGCAUAUUUUCUAAGACUUAGCGCAUUCUGCACUGAUCUCUUGGCAUGAAAAUCCUAAAUUGCUGACUUAGCCCAACUGAUAGGAUCAUGCAAUGAGAUUUCAAAGCUUAGUCUCAUUUUAUAUAAAGACGAAUCACUUCAAAAUAGAACCAAUACUUCCUUUUCUGCCACUCUACACACUGAAGUAUCACUGCUUAUUUGGCCAGGACAUUUCCAGACUAAAGAACCAUUUUUCAUUUCAUGAGCAGCAGGAGAACAUGCUAGAAGGAUAAAUGAUAGGAAAGGGGAAUCCAAAGGUGGAUACAGAGCUGUUCUUAGAGAAGAUUAUUCUCAGUGGAAGGUUAAAACAGAAUUCUCUGUGUUCAUCAUCAGAAUUUUCUCAGUGACUUUUAUUCAGGAGUAAAUGAGCAUGUCACCAUUUUGCAAAGCUGUGCACGAAUCCUCCUCACCCAUUUGCUUGCUUGGUGCAUUACUCAGGUUGGUGGGAGAGGUUCAGAGAGAGCGAGAGAAAUUCUAUUUUUGUGUUCCCUUCAUUUAUUUCUUUCAUCUCUUCCUUUCCAGUCAAGGCCAAUCUGCUUGGUGACCUUAUUUAUAGGUGUACUUGUGAAUUUGGUUUGGAGUUUUUAGACCCACAUACUUGUUUCACUUAAGUUUGAGAUGAGCUAGCACUCGGUUCACUUUCUGAGAGAGGCAGUCAGGCAUCAGUGACUUUUAUUGCACUUCAGGAUGAUCCUGCCAGAGACAUGACUUACAGAAGACUUGCCAAAGGAUACCUUAGGGAAUUCUACAGUUCAGAGAUUAUUCUCCACCAGCAUAAAUCAGUAAGAGUGCCUAGGGUCUUCCCUAGAGUUUCAUUGCCGUUACUUAUCACCAAGAGAAAUUCCACCCUACCAUUCUGGAGGUUAUUUUCCCAGAUUUAUGACAAAAAGAAAGUGAAUAAACACCAUUAAGGCGGCAAACAUUUGCUAGGUUGUCCUUCUCAGUGCAUGUGCAGGCUGCAUCCUGUCCUUGUUUUUAAGCCAGGGUUUAUAAAUAAGUAGAUUUAUACCAGUCUUAAUAGAACUGUAUAUUUUAUGCAAGAAUUAAAUGCUUUACAACAUGAAUUAUAACUCAACCCAUCGUAAACCUUGGUGGCAAUAUGGAUUUGAAACUCGACAGUUCUCUUGUAUUUGCUUCCUAGAUUUUUGCAUGCAAGUGAUGACAGGUAGGAUUGAAAAAAAAAAAACAAAACACUGCCUUUGACUUCUAGCAUUAGCAACUGAGAGUUGUAGAGUCAAUAAAGCUGUAAGUCUUUUCACUUAAUUGUGGUUCUUCUGAAAAUAUUAUCUGAAACCUACAGCAUCCACCAUGAAAUAUUUGGUAAAUUUAUGUUGUGAUGUGUUGUAGCAUGUAAAUAAUGAUAACU